AUGGCGCCGGCCCCACUGCUCAUUCCGGCAGUACUAGGCAAAGCUGACGCCACGUUCAAGCUGCUCGGAGGUUCUUCGAUAGUGUUCAACGUCAUCAAGUCCUAUAUUUUCGGGAAGCCGCUGCGCUGCAUCGAGUACCCUGAUGGUGACUUGGCGACCAUUAAACUCUACUCCAUGACCGUAACUUCGCUGAGGCAGCGAAUAGCGCAAGCGCAGCCGCCCCCGUUUCCCACCGUUGUCUUGCGUGGUGACGACAUCAAACAGAUAUCCGUGUUUUAUGCUCCUAUAUUCACCGAGCCCGUACGGACGAACGCCGAUGUACGAGCGCUCCCGGAUGCGAGCUGGCUCUUUUGGUCGCUGGUUUCGCCUCAAGAGGCUGUUAUACCGCGCAGAGGCGUCAAGCUCGAGUCCGCGCCGCCCCUGAUACCUCGCUCAAGCCAGGUCCCAGGUCGCGUCAAGAGCGCUGCCCCUGAGACGAGCGGUAGCUCAGUCACGACGCCUCGAACAGAGGCUGAAAUGCAGGAUCUGGCGAUACAGCUCGUGCACAUUCUGUACAGCGUUGGCGGUGGCAGCGCCCUGAGCAGCGCCGAGUAUGAUCGGCUUGUAGACUUGGCGGCCGACGGCGAUAAGGCACUUCUGGCGCUCGCGCGGAACUUUAAGGAGGAUCGAACGUCAUUUGCGUACCAUGCAAAGCGUUUGGUGCAGCGGCGGCUGGGGAACCAGCACGGCACUCUAGGAGCAAGUGCAGCUGAACUUGCCGACCAGAUGGCUCAGGACCUGCACGAUCGCCAACGUGCUCGCACUGUGCCACAAGCACCAGCAUCGCCGGAGGCAAACUCGAAAGCCAAAGAGCAACCUGUGUCGGUGAAGCAACCGGAGCAUGGUCGAAGAGGGGAAUCCGUCUCAUCAACCCUAUCGUAUGCAAUAGAGCGAUAG